AGUCGUUCUCGGGCCUCCGUCCAAUCGCUUCGUUGCAAAGUUCUGCUGCGGAAGAGGGGAUGCAAAGGAGAUGGCUGAACUUAGAUAGCCCUGUGUUUAUGAAUAUCUUCACCAUGGAUCUUCUCCAGAGAAAAGAUAGGUGCAGAGAGCGUCUACUUGUCCUCACAUUAAUAUUCGGCUGGUGUUUAGGGUCUGUAAGAUGUUUUGGACAGAGCCUGGACAGCGAGUUGACGUUUCUGCUACCAGCUGGAAGAUCCGAGUGUUUCUAUCAAACAGCGUUAAAGAAUGGCUCGAUGGAGGUCGAAUAUCAGGUAACUAUGCCUGUGAUUAGCAGUCAAAAUAACUACAGAAAUCAAUCUUUAUUUAGAUGCUCAAGGGACUUUUGACUAACAAACGGAACACGACCCGGAUGGCUCACCGUUAUCCCUUGGCUAUCUGACAUACAGGAAACUGUGGAGUUAUUUUCAUCAGACUCUCCUCUCCACAGGUUUUCAUCUGCCUGCAUGAAGCUGCAGCUGUGAGAUUAUAGCAGCUCAUAAAUCCUCUCUAGCUUCCCAUUUUUAAAGUUAACUGGGCACAUCUCAUAUUAAAAGCCCCUGCUGUUGUUGUACUUCAUCAGAAAACCCAAUAUAUUCAGUAAAAACUCCAUAACCUUUAAUCUUAACUAAAUUUCAUUCUUGUUUUUCUCUGAAGACGAAGUAUUGCCUCAGAAGAAGUAUUGCCUGACUCAGGAUGGGAAUUGCAGGGUAACCCAAGAUACAACACGAUAUAUGAUGCAAAGAAAAGCAGUGCUCAUGAUAAUGAUCACAAUACUCAAAAUCUAUCAUGAGUAUGAAAGAGCCAGAUGGUGGUAUGAUUGACAAUGUUGAGUUAAUCAAAAAAUAAACUCCAUCAACAGUUAAUCCUUUACCAAAGACAUAAACUUCCAAAUUUCAAUCCAAACACAUUAUACCCAUAAAGAUCCAUAGACUACUUCAGAUCUACAUAGGCCACAUGCUCUUUCUUAUGCUGUCAGCAUCCACAUUACCGAUUAUGUAAGGCCAGGGUUUGGAUCCGUCUUCAUUCUCAGAUCAAUGAAACGACCCCUUGAACCUUGCAUACCUUCACUGUUAAACUGAACUUUGUAAUGCAAGUCAGUUAGUGGCACACUCACUGGUGCCAAGUUGUGGCAAGAAUUUUUAGCAUCUUUACAAGUUCUCUCCUGUGAAGUAAAGUCAUUGCUGGUUGGCAGAGGUGAGGUCAGGUUUUGAUAAUAGCUUUUUCAAAUGAAUGUCCUCAAAAGUUAAUAAAAAUAGUCGGCAUGUGAUCAAUAAAUCAACAGACAUGUGCCCAGCUCCACACAUUGUACAGUAUCCUAUGAUUUAUUGGAAAAAGCAAAAUGCUGCGUAAAGGUUAAGGGCUGGAUCAUUGUUAUUAUGAAGCGAGUGAAGCCCUGCAUUGAUUUUAAACUAACCAUGAAUACCUGGCACUAGAUACAGGUUUUGAACUUAUUUUGCUGAGGUGAUGUCCAUGUCUCAGGCCUUGUCCCAGUCCUUGUCUAUGGAGUCAAAAGGAGGACAGGAUGCAUUGUGAAUGCAAGUACUAUAAACAAAAACAAAAACAAAAAAAAAAAAAAGGGGGGGGGGGGGGGGGUGUAACUAUAAGUAAAGUAUUGUCAACAUAAAAACACAUGGAUGAUAACUUAAUUAUUAAAAAUGUUGUAUUUUUUGCAUUUACAAAACUUUUUGGCUUUUAAAAAACUUCUUUUUGCAUUUACAAAACAUUCUGGCCUUUAUUUAACAUGAGGGCGGGUUAGAUGAGUGAUGAGUCAAGAGAGGAAAAUGUCACCAAAUGUAGCCAACUAGGGUGCAUCAUGGUGAGAUGACAAAUGAUAAUUUAUUAACUGUACAAACAUGGGAUCCUGCACUUGAAGCACUGGGCCUCGAACCACCACUGCCCUAGUCCGCCAUCUGUUUUGUAAACACAGAAAAAUUUUGUAAAAGCAAAAAAUCUUUGUUAAUGCAAAAACACAAAAUUUUAGUGAUCAUUUAAAUAGUUUUUGUAUACAAUAUGUAACUUGUGUUUACAAUGCUCCCCAGCCUCCUUUGGACUCCAUACUUGUCCUAGUCCAUUCAUUUGCUGUUCAAAGGCCAAGAGACAUGCACACUGAUACACCAUGUUCAUGUCCAGGAACCCAAGGCCAUGUCUUCAUAUAUUUUUUGACAAGGACAGUUAAGACUCUGGCGAUAUUCAAUUGACUAGAAAAGCAAUCCAGAAGAAAUAUUUACUUUACAAGUACAAGCACAUGCAUGGGGUGCCUUAAGGGCUCACUUAGAACAACAUCCCAUAAUAACCCAAAGCUGAAACACUGGCCGUUUUUGCUCAUCACCUCUUGCCUCAUCUUUUAAUUCCCUUUCUCUCUCUCUCCUUUUUGUCAGAUGAAUCAAAACUACGCAGCACCACACUCGUGUAAUAAGUAGACUAUUACCACCAGCACUGUGUUUGUUAAGUGGGAGAGUCUCAUUUUAUGACACGACAGUUUGCUGUCUUAAGAAAAUGUUUGGCAUAUGGUGUCCUGUUGUCCAUAUAACUGUAACCUGCCUGGUACAAAUGCCAACGGUCCACUGAUAAAGAGAAAUUGCCUGUAAAGUGACGAAGCGAAAGAAAGAAAAUGGUUGACUGACUCUUGAGUAAAAUGUGUGAUCCUCUUCCUGAGUGUGUAUGUGUUUGUUUUUGUGUGUUGACAUCCAGGUGAUAGCAGGCGCAGGUAUGGAUGUUGACUUCAUCAUUUUUACUCCAGAAAAUAUAGCAGUUGUCAUUGAGUCACGGCGCUCUGACGGAGUCCAUGUGUAAGUGCUCCCUCACUCCAGCCUCACUCUUUGAUUAUAUUUCUUGAUGCAGACCUCCCAAUGUUUAACAUAACUGUGUAUCUUUGGCCCUUUUUUUAUGUUAUUUAAGGGUGGAGCCGACAGAGGCGGGGGACUAUCAGAUCUGUUUUGACAAUGGCUUCAGUCGCUUCUCAGAGAAAACAGUGUUCUUUGAGAUCAUCAUCGAGGGCCAAGGAGGAGACGUGGGUGGAGAUGAUGAGUGGACAGGACUAGAAGAGCCUGAUGGAAGCCUUCUGGAGUACAAGCUGGAUGACAUCCGGGUGAGAUGAUUAGAGAAAAAAGCAGAUCUAAUGUUCUCCACAGCUGACCCUCUGUUAGACUCUUGGAGUGGGCUGCACCAGCUGGUUGUCAUUCUUGUCUCUUAUAUGGGACUCAUUGAAUCUAACAUUUAGGGCUGCAACUAACGAUUAUUUUGAUAAUCGAUUAAUCUGCCGACUAUUUUAAUAACUAAUCGAUUAAUCGGAUAAACAGGCUAAAUUCAUCAAUGCAGCUGUUAAUAGCAAUAGCAUAGGGCUUUAGUUUAUCAUAUGAGUUUAUAUGCCAUGAGGUGUUGAGGUCUCUGCAUGUGUAGGUUACUGACUUACUGUAAUCAUCGGGUCUUUCUCGUCCUUAUAAAAACCUGCUCUAUUUGAGUGUCUGUCUUCUUCUGUAGUCAAACCGCAAGAUAUCAAAAUCUACCCGGAUACAGCAAUGCUGCUUUUUUAUUGGCUGUUCAGUAGAUAUACUUUAUUUGAUUGGCUUGUGCGUGGCACGCAGCUUCUGAACUCUCGGAGAAACUCAGUUGAUUCCUACCUGUUCCAUAGUUAAAGAAGUGCAACUUGGUGGACAUCACCAUGUUCAUUUAAAUGCGUGAGAAACACAAUGUGUGGUGUGUGAGCGUGUGAACGAGUGGGAAUGCGUGUGUCAUACGCUGAAUGAGAGUCCUGUGCUCACGCAUCAUCGAUGUACUCCCGUGCCAUGCAAAACGGGCUUUGCAAAUGUUGCACUGAACGCCUUCCUUUUCAGUCUUGGUAAAGUUUUCCCGCACCAUGGGUUGUGUCCAUGUUUUUCUCAGCCGCUGCCUUGACCAUGGCUGUUUCUUUUUUGUGCGUCCUGCUGAUGUUUACACGCCAGUGUCCAUGGACAUAUAUAAAGACCUGACGAAUCGAUUACAGAAUUAGUUGGCAACGAAUUUUUUCGUCACGACAAAUCGACUUAAUCGAUUCGUUGUUGCAGCCUUACUAACAUUGACCCGUUAGAGGACAUCCUGCCAUUACCUCCUUUUUAGUUUAGUCUUGACUUUUACUUUGUCUGUUGUUAGUAAGUCAGUCUGACUUUCUUAAUAAACAUCUACUCUGACCUCGGCCUAAGGUGUAAUAAACACAGGGCCCAGGCAUACGGCAUAAGGAUCUGGAACGUCUGCGCUCCGGCUCUGCUGCAGAUCAGAUACGUAAGGCUUCUAUUAAUCCUGUUAAUUUGCAAAAUAAAAUAAGUCAAUACUUAAACUGUUCUACAGUUGAUAACAGGAGAGGCCAGGGUUGUUCAAUGUCUCACGGUGAAACAUGCGAGAUCUCGUCCAGUCUCGCGAUAAAUAUUGGUAAUAUCAUGAGCGCCUCUCCUCCACUUGCUGCAGCUGAUUGGAUCAGGUGGGCGCUGUAUGCUUGCUUAUUUGAUCCACCCGCCGGUCUGGAGCGGAGAGGAGACAUUCUGGAUUCUGUGGAAUCCCCGGGUUAAAAGGGAGAAAAGGACGUAACUUUUGGUUGGCCUUUACCUUUAAGCUUCAAGGUUACAUAGGCAUACACCCAAACUGCUGCACUCGGCCACUGUUUCUGGGAUGAGAGUUUCCUUCUACUUACUUUUGUGUUUUUUCCUUUACAGUAAUAUGCGUUAAGAAAGGUACAACAUUAAUGACAUUUGCAGUGGUGGCCAAAUUAUGAAAACACUUAACAGAUCUGAAAAUAUUGACCUUUUUUUUGCCUCCACAACAAGAUUUAAUUACACAGUGUUUAUGAAACAAGCAGAUGGUUGCUAAGAACAGCAAAUAAGAUGAAGUGAAACUUCUGUUUUUAUCCACUUUAAUUUUGAUAAUUAGUAUGUCCAUCUUUUGCUGCAAUUACAGCAGCACAUUUCUCUGGUAUAGUGUCAGUGUAUGCCUUGAGAACUUCACCACUACUGUUAUCCUAGGCCUUCUACAACUGAAGCCAAAGACUUUCCCUUGAAUGCUCAAAAGAUCUAUACAGUUUCUUUUCCAGUUUGCCCAAAAUCUGCUCAAUGGGUUUGAAGUCUGGACUUUGAGGGGACCAGUCCAUCAUUUUUAUUGUUCCAACAGAUUCUUUCUGUCACAGGUAGUUUUUGCAAUAGUCAGAGGGAUGUUUAGGGUCACUGUCCUCAUGGAAAAAGAUCCAACCCCAGUAGGGCGACUCCCAAAUAUUACUGCAGCCUCACCAGAAUGUUGCAAUAUAUUUUCUUUUGUAUGAUGCCAUAAAUUUUCACUAAGUCAUCUAUUCCUGAGGCUGAAAUGCCAUCCCACACAGUAAUACUACUGUAAUAAAUAAAUAUAUAAAUAAAUGUAAUAAAACUGUUGACAAGAGACACUCUUAUCUUUCCCCCUCCCUUCCUCAAACUUACACUCUUUGCUUGAUGCCAAACGGUUCAAACUUUGACUCAUCAGUCCACAGCCAACACAUCCUUCUUCUCCCAGUUUGUAAUGCACAGUUCUUGAAAACACUGUUGCACCAUUCAUCACUGUGAUGUUGAUCUCGUCAAGCAGUUCUUGUUAGGUCUUUCUUCAGUCAUUACAAGGAUAUUCCAGCGUUAAUGUAAGUUAGUCAAACACACCAUAACACUGAUUAGACACCCCCUCAAGAGAUGAAUGUUGCCGACCGCUUGCUUCUCUAGUUGUACCAACUUUGGUAACGACCGCAGGAUAGCAAUCCACAGGGGUCUAUGUCUCCACACGUAAACCUCAACCAAAAAGCCACUCUAUAGCCACAAAUAAUGCUCAGAACAGCACCUUACUUCAUCAACAGUACAUGUACGUAGGGUCCCAGCCAUAGCACUAGCCACCAAACAUCCUUUAAGCUUUGCCUGGUUUCUUUAGCAGAGACCAAACACAACUUUCUCACUCUCCUCCAGCAGCUGCUUGUUUGUGGGGGGGAGCCCUGACGAGUCGAUCACCGAGUGCAGCGGAUCAUUUCCUUGUUGUAAUAAUCGUCAUAAUAAUCAUUUUGCAUCGCAGAAGUGGUAGUUCUUCUGCCUUAGCGUCUCAGUUUGAGUGCAUUUUCAUGAAGUAAUAAUCAUAAAUGUUCUUAAUUGAGCUGCGAAACUCCGCUGCACUCGGUGAUUGACUCGUCAGGGCUCCCCCCACAAAAAAGCGGUUGCUGGAGGAGAGUGGGUGAGUUGUGUUUGGUCUCUUUGCUGAAGAAACCAGGCAAAGCUUAAAAGAUGUUUGAUGGCUUGUUCUGUGGUUGAGGCCCUAUAUGUACUGUUGAUGAAGUUAGGUGCUGUUCUGAGCAUUAUUUGUGGCUAUAGAGUGGCUUUUUGGUUGAGGUUUGCGUGUGGAGACAUAGACUGCUGUGUACUUCUAUCAUGUGGUCGUUACUAAAGUUGGUAUAACUAGAGAAGCAAGCGGUCGGCAACAUUCAUCUCUGGAGGGGGUGUCUUACUCAGUGUUACGGUGUGUUUCACUAUAACUUAAAUUUACGCCGAAAUAUCCCUUUAAGUGACAAAAGGUGUAAUUUGAAAAAAACUAUGUUAUGCUUUUUAAUUGUGGUUAGCCAGCAAUAACAGUUUUCCAGUGGCUGAUGCUAAUACCAAUUAUAAGAUAGCAGUUCAGCUGAUAGCCAAGAUUUGAUGCCGAUAGUACAAAGUGUUUUUUUCUUCUUUGUUUGUUUAUUUGUCGCAUUUGACAAAAUACAGCAAUUAAAUAAAUUUAAUAGUACUGACAAAUGAAAAAAAAAAUGCUGGACUAGGGUAAAUGUAUAAAUGUAGUUUGACAAAUAUCUGGCUUAGUAAAAUAUCACCGCAAGGGACUUUUAAAUUUCUGUUCAGUCAUCUGAAAUUUAAGAAACAAAAAUAAUAAGGGUUGAAAUUAACAAAUGAAAGACAUGUACAAAAUAGUUAUUCUAUAUACAUUGAAAUCUAAUAUACAUGGUUGUCUUAGUCACAGAUAUUGCACUAUGCUUCAGAUUGCUAAACAUGACUGACAUGGCUCUUAAAAUUAAAUAUUACUUUACAGUAUUAUAACACCAGUCAAUGAAUGCUUUGGAUUUGAUAUGCUGUUAACGGGUGAUGAGAAAGAUGUAUUAUCAUUUAGAAAACAUGAUAGGGAAGGCCGACAUGUGCCGAUUAUGUCAACAUGCUGAUCCGAUUAAUCAUCUGUCCCCACCAAUUUACCAAAAAUUACAGAUCACCUUUUUCUCUCUUUUCUUCAAGAACUUGGUUCCUCACUGACCUUUUUUUUUUGUAACGUCAGUAGGAACAAACUGAGCUUGAGGUUGAGUGCCACGGACAGGAUGGGGAAGUAGGAAAGUAUUGAAAGACGCAGUGACGCACUUAUGGUUUUGGUAUUUUUGUAGGAUUUGCUGACAAUAAGGAAAAUGUCGAAAAAUGUAAGCCUCAACGUUUAGACAUGCCUUUACAUGCUGAAAAGUCUCUGAUUCAAUAUCACUAAACUCAAAUCAGAACUUCAUUUUGAUGAAACAGCCUGAAGGUUGAAGCUCUCAGCUGCUGUCAGAAAAUAAAACAGGAUCCCGAUUUUAACUUUUGCAUACUUUUCAGACUAUCUUGUAUCUUGUAUUUCCUCUCAGUCCUAUUUCUCUAAAAAAAAAUAUAUAUAUAUAUAUACAUAUAUAGAGCCACCAGUUUGUCUAAAAAACCCUCAAAUUUCCUCAUUCUCUCCUCAGGAGUCCAUGGAUUCCCUGUACAGACGCUUGGAGCGCAGCCGUCAGAUGCAGACUGUGCUGCGGGCUUUUGAGGCACGAGACCGAAACCUUCUGGAAGACAACCUGUGGAGGGUCUCGUUCUGGUCUUGUGCCAGUGUGCUGGUGAUGCUUUGUGUUGCCCUCACUCAGGUACCACAAAACUAAGAAUCUCACCUCUUGGUCAUUAAUGAUGAAUGAUGGAAUUGCAUCAUUUUUGAGUCUUUUGGUUGAGUCAUGAGUCAUGCCAUGAACAGCAGCUUUCUGUUUCCUCUCUCUUUUCAGGUCUACACUGUGCGUAAGCUGUUUGAUGAUAAGCGGAGGGUUUGCUCAUAAACACGCACACACACACACACACACACACACACACACACACACACACACACACACAGGGGGACAACCCAGAAAUGACCACACUCCAUCACAAAAUGGUAACCCGCUCAAAUCAAGGUCUGUCACCUCUCAUUCUGUCAACAACCGCGCACACCAGCUGUUUGUGAGCAAUAAUGAACCGUUAUCACAACAGGAAGGGUGAACAGAUGAGUUAAAGGAAGUUAAGUUUGGUUGAGUCAUGUCAUUUGGUGCCUUUAAUGUCAAACCUCCCAGCAAACCCACAAGGAAAUCCUCCUGAAGGCACAGCUGACUACAAAUGUUAUAACUUACCUGCCAUCUGACACCUGGAAACUGAUGAGAAGUUUUGAGAAUUUUUGCUAAAGGUGAAACAUUUCUUGUUAAAGGUUACAGACUUGCUGUUUGACAAAACUGAGAGGUGAUCUGCAGAAAUCAUAGUUUUCCAGUUCCCAGGGCAUUGCAGUGUGCAAUAGUGUUGUUGGCGUAUUAGUUCUGACAGUUUAGGAUCACUCCUUUAUAUUUAUGGGUUUACCUUUUCAAGGGGGUUCUGAAUCGAUUGUGGUUGGUGUUUUUUGAAAAGUUACUGAUGAUUUCUUUUUAUGUGCCAACAGAUUAUUUGCUGACGUAGAAGAAUGUAGAAUAACAAACUGGGAGGAUUUCAAGUUUGAUUUAUGCCAAUAAUGAACUCAUGAAUCAGAGCUUAUUCUGAUUCCUGUGUAGUACAUACAGGUCUGUCAGUAACAAAUGUGUUUUCAGGGUCAGUCAGUUUGUUUGAAGCUUCUAGAUGAUCAAACUUGCUGUGUUUCUUUUUAAGUGCACAAGUGAAUGUGAGAUUUGCUUUUGCUCAGACAGCCACUGAGCAUUUUGUUUGUUUGUUUUUUUUUUUAUAAUGAGAAGGAGUUUCAUUUCAUUUUUUAUUGUACGAAUAAUAGCAGGUUUUCAUGGGUGUCAUUAAUAUUAAUAAAUGCAGUUUUUCAACACAAUGAC